GGCGAAAGGAGACCAGAAGGUGAUCGAAGGGAAGCAGGGAUGCGGAGGAGACUGAGACAUUAGAGAGACAGAGAGGAAGCGAGAGAGAGAGAGAGGCUGACCCGCCGUUGAAUGCGCCCCGGCUAAAUUUAAUAUUUCAUAGCGCAGAGGAGGAGAGGAGAGGACAGGGUAUCCAGAGGAGGAAGACAAGACAGAGAGAGAAGGAGGGGAAGUGAGUAACAAAGCUAUGUGAAACGAGCCCGGGUCGCUUCUAUCAUCUGAAACACGGUGUCGGUUUCACCGACGUAGCGUGCAGCAUCACCUCGCCUUCUACGCACCAUCCGCGGCUCCGCAUCGCCGCUGCCCGGGGAGAAGACUAUCCGCAUCCCAGUAAGGCCCAGGUUGCCUACUCUUCCUGUGUGAUAAGGUGAACAGGUUUUGAUCCCAUCUGCUCCUGAUCUGUUUGUGAUCCUAUUGUAAUCCAGCUGGAUCCAGAUGAUGGUGCGCUUGCUGUGUCUGCUGGUCCUCAGCUCAGUGGCCCUGAAGGAGGCUGUCGGUGGAGAUGUGUGUGUAUCAGGUCAUGACAGCGGGCCAGUGUUUGAAGAACAGCCAAGCAGUUUAAUUUACCCAGAGGGCCUGAGUGAAGGCAAGGUGACCCUCAGCUGUCAGGCCAGAGCCAGUCCAGCUGCUUCCUACAGAUGGCUUGUGAAUGGCACAGAGAUCCCGCUGGGUUUGGACCUGCGCUACACCCUGGUGGCCGGCAACCUGGUGAUCAGUAGCCCGGAGUCUAUUCGAGACACAGGCUCUUAUCAGUGUCUGGCCAUCAACCGCUGUGGCACCAUCAUCAGCCGAGCAGCUAACCUCAAAUUUGGCUACCUCCAUGACUUCCCUCCAGACAGCAGGAGUCCUCAGACAGCAUAUGAAGGCAUAGGAACUUUCCUGGCCUGCCAGCCCCCUCCACAUUACCCAGCUCUGUCAUACCGCUGGUUAAUCAACGAAUUUCCCAACUUCAUCAAGAAGGACGAUGGCCGCUGGUUUGUGUCGCAGGUAACAGGGAACUUGUACUUGGCCAAAGCAGAGCCAAAUGACACCGGGAACUACUUCUGCUUCACCACCAUCAACAUGGACAUCAGCACCAAGAGCACCUUCAGCAAGGCCAACCAGCUCACUGUGCUGUCUGAUGCCAAUCCCAGGAAGUCAGCUCCGAGCAUCAAAGUGCGCUUCCCAGCAGAGACCUAUGCCCUAGCAGGACACACCGCUCAGUUAGAGUGCUUCGCCUAUGGAAAUCCAGUCCCCAAACUGCGAUGGAGGAAGGUGGACGGUUUGAUGCCGUCCAAGGUGGGCUCCAGUGCUGAGGCUCCCACCCUCAUCCUGCCAGAGCUCUCCUUCGAUGACGAGGGGGUUUACGAGUGUGAAGCCUACAAUUCAGAAGGAAGUGACACAUACCAGGGACGCAUCAAUGUGCAAGCUCAGCCGGAGUGGUUGCAGGUGAUGAGCGACUCAGAGGUGGAGAUCAGUUCGGGGCUUCACUGGAGUUGUGUUGCUGCUGGUAAACCACGACCCUCCAUACGCUGGCUACGCAACGGACAGCCACUCAGCACACAGGACCGGGUAGUGGUGAACGGGGCUAGUCUUAAGAUCAGUAACCUGGCUCUGGAGGAUUCUGGGAUGUACCAGUGUGUGGCUGAGAACAAACAUGGCACAAUCUACUCCACUGCUGAGCUCAGAGUCCAAGUUCAGGCUCCAGACUUCAGGUUGAAUCCAGUAAGGAAACUGAUCCCAGCAGCCAGAGGGGGGCAGGUGAUGAUCGAGUGUCGCCCUCGAGCUGCCCCAAAGCCCAGCCUGUUCUGGAGCCGUGGGACGGAGCUGCUCACCAACAGCAGCAGAGUCGCAGUAACUCCAGAUGGCAUCUUGUGGAUCUACAACAUCAGCAGGGCAGAUGAAGGGAAAUACACGUGCUUCGCUGAAAACUACCUAGGCAAAGCCAACAGCACCGGACACCUGUCUGUCAGAGAUGCCACUAAGAUCACAUUGGCUCCUUCGAACGCUGACAUCAAUCAGGGAGAGGAUGUGACGCUGCAGUGUCAUGCCUCCCACGACCCCACCAUGGACCUGACCUUCACCUGGGCCCUCAACGGGGUCCUGCUGGACCUGGAGGACUCUGCUGGGCCGUACCACCGGGUGGAGGGGAAGGAAAACAUUGGGGACCUGUUGAUUGUGAAUGCUCAGCUGAGUCAGGCAGGGAUGUACACCUGCACAGCUCAGACUGUGGUGGACAGCGCCUCAGCUUCAGCUAAACUAGUGGUUCGAGGCCCCCCGGGACCUCCUGGAGGUUUACUGGUGAAGAACGUCGCUGAGACAUCAGUAGAGCUCAGGUGGAGUCGUGGCUACGAUAACCACAGUCCCAUCGGCAAAUAUGUCAUCAUGGGUAGAUCAGCGCUCUCAUCAGAAUGGAAGAAGAUGAGGACAGACCCGGUGAACAUCGAAGGUAACGCAGAGUCGGCUCGUGUGAUGGGACUGAUGCCCUGGGUGGAUUAUGAAUUCCAGGUCAUCGCCAGCAACAUCCUGGGCAGCGGAGAGCCCAGCAUGCCCUCACACACCAUCCGCACACAGCAAGCAGCUCCCACAGUGGCCCCCAGUGGACUUGGAGGAGGAGGAGGAGACCGCAAUGAACUCAUUGUUACCUGGACGCCCAUGGCCAGAGAGUACCAGAAUGGUGAUGGCUUUGGCUACAUCCUGGCAUUCAGGAAGAAAGACACAAUAUCUUGGACAGCGGUUCGUAUUCCUCACGUGGAGUCAUCCCGAUAUGUUCACUACAACGACAGCCUGACACCGUACAGUCCCUUCGAGGUGAAGAUCAAGGCUUAUAACCGCAGAGGAGAAGGUCCUUUCAGCCAGAUCGCUGUGGUCCACUCUGCAGAGGAAGAGCCAACAGCAGGACCAUCAAACAUCAGUGCUGCGCCACUGACCGCCUUUGAGAUCCAGGUUUCAUGGGAGCCUGUCCAGCAGCUCAGCGCCAAUGGCAUCCUCAGAGGAUACGAGAUCCGGUACUGGCGGCAGCAUGAACGGGAAGCGGCAGCAGACCGAGUGCGGACAGCAGGACUGGAAACAACAGCCAGAGUGUCUGGACUUCGGCCCAGCACUCGAUACCACGUCGCCGUUCUGGCGUACAACAGUGCCGGCACCGGGCCGCCCUCACCACGCACCACCGUCACCACCAGGAAACCACCUCCUAAUCGUCGUCCAGGCAACGUGUCAUGGAAGACUGAUGGCUCAUGGGUAACGGUGAGGUGGGACCAUGUGAAGGCCAUGCACAAUGAGUCUGCUGUACUGGGCUACAAAGUUCUGUACAAACAUGAGGGCCAGACAGCGUUGAAGGUUCUGGACAAGGCAAAGACGUCAGUGAGCCUGCCGCUGCCAAAAGACAACGGUUACGUUGUGUUGGAGAUUCGGUCCUGGGGAGAGGGCGGGGACGGGCCAGCACACGAGAUUAUUGUGUCCCGGGACUCAGGAACUGGUAUGAUGGUGCAGAAUGAGGCCUCCUUCACAUCGUCCAUUCAGCCUCUCCACCUCCUCACUGUCUUGGUUCUACACACUCUUGUGUCGUCGUCAGGCCUGUGAUCUCAGCCAGUCGGUGGACUUUUUACUUUUAAUGGCUUGAAACUUAAGCCCUCCUGUGUCUCAGUCUGUGUUUUGGGUUGGGGUGGGUUCCACUGGUUGGGGAAGGUUGUAGCACUGCAGGGAUUGGAAAGGGUGGGGAAGGAAGGAAGGGUUUCAGUUUUCAUUUAAAAAAUAAAAACAACGAGGGUCUUUUUAAAAAAAAGUCUGGAUGGGUUGAAAGGGGUGGGGGAGCAGGGCAGCCCUGUCUGGUUGUGUAUUUGUGUGUCAGUAAAACCAUGCCUUAUGUGGACCAUUACAUCUGUGGCUGACGCGUCUCAUACUUGCGUCCUCCAAACUGUAGCUUGUGAGACACAGACUUCAGGUGUAAAUUAUUCAUAGAAUCAGUGUAUAUAACUUGUGUACAUGUGAUGGCUGUCUGCCUGUUCACACUGAGAGCAACUUGGCUGAUAAGUCUCGGUUGUGGGUGGUGAGCUGUAAAGAUCUGCACCUAAAAUAUUAAGCUCCUCAUGCAUUUUUCACUGUGUGGUAUAUUCUGUCAUAAUUGUACAGUCAGCAUUCCCCACAUCCUGAAAAACCUGGAAUUUAUUAAUGCAGCUUUCCAGUAUUGGAAAUGACAAAAGUGACCACAUUGCCCUUGAGAGAAAUGACUUGUCUUUGUUUUGGAAUUAAAAUAGGAUGGCUACAUAGACUUGCUUAAAAGUUCAAACCAGCUGUUCUCAAAUCAUGUGAUCUGCAGUUGCCACAUCUAUGCUAAGUCAGACUUCAAAUGGAGCUUUUUCUCUGCAACACUGCCCUGGUCUGAUCCACAAAAAGGAAUGUUGUCAGUCUAAAUGACUUUGACAAUGUCGUGGAAAUGUUCUAAGACGCAAAGAAGUGUAAAAUGUACACAUCGAAGUUUACAUCAGUUUACAACAUGAAACUCAAAGAUAUCAGUUACGUAUCAAUCAAAAGGAUGUAAUUUAAUACUUAAAACCCUAAAAGGAAUAAUAUAGUUACAUGAUGAAUAUAAUAAAUCCUUCUUACUGAGAACAUCUGGACACGCAACAAUAGUGCAAAACAUGUUUAAAGAAAUGAUACAGCUUUAUUUAACUAACAAUAAAAUGCAAAAUAAUAAACCAACAUCAGAACACAAUUAGUAACCCAACAUACUAGAUGAUGUACAAUCAUCAGCACAAGAUCACAAAAAAGAUCUAAUAUCAAAAUCCUCAUUAAGUCCCAAAAAUGAUUCGGUAUUCAGGGAAUAAAUACAUUUUUUUUUGUUGAUUUGCUGAGUUAACACAACUAUCUAGCAAGAGCUGAGGGCAACCCACACUGGGCGCGCAUCAAGACACCCGUACCCAUUGUUUCCAUGUAAGCCCACACAUCUGUGGUGCCCUGACGCGCGUUGUUGCAGGUGGACGCAUGCCAUUGUAUCAGGAGACAUCUUUGCCUCAACUCUCCAGAAAAGCAGCAUCACCCCCAUUUGCUCCCUGGACUGGUAGAUCCUGGCUUCUGUACCUUGACUACUUCUUCUGUCUUUACUUUGCAUUGCAUGGCUUCAAAUCCAAAACAAUGGUAAAAUUGCAUCUACAAUUUCUUUUCUACAUUAACCAGCUUGGUAACCCAAAUAUUACUGACACGACAUUCAUGUUUCUUGUUUCUAACCCUUUUCUCUGAAAACACACAUUUUGAGCAUCUACCCAACUGAACUUGACAUGACUUGCCUGGUCUUGUUGCUCACAGUGUGGACACAGAAUAAGGGUCACUCAUUCAGAAGCACUGAAGAACUUUUUGUUGUUGAUUUUUAGCUCCUGCUAAUGUCUUUAUGCUUGUUUGUAUUUUUGUCUCUGCUGUAAUUAUAACUACAGAUACAAUAUGCCACUGGUCCAAAUGAAUGUUUACAUUUUCUAUUUUUUAUGUCUCAUUUUGGGGGAGUAUUUGAUUCUUUUUACAUUGUUUGUGCCUGCAUUCUUUGAAUAAUUCCAACAACAAAGUAAAAUUGCUUCUGUUAAGUGUUUAUUGGGUUUAUUGCAGCUGCUUUUGUGCUAGUAGGUUGAUAUAAAAUGCCUGGGGCCAGAGGUAUGAAUCACUGGUAGAGAUGAAAGAGUUGGUCACCAAGGUUAUCAGAGAGUACAGUUAACAGUGUCAUAUAUCGUCCUCAUUGUAAUCCUGUCAGCAUCUAUCAGCUCUUAUGUAACUUGUCCGGCUCGCUACAGUUUACGGGAAGGAUGUGACCUCAUUCCGGUGGUAUUCUUUUGUCCACAAUUAUCCUGUCCAGGUCAGGUCUGGUCAGCGUGUCAAAGAUAGACAUCAAGUGCUUAGAAUUUGUGUCUUUUGUUGUUUUUGCCUUAAUUUUUUGGUUGAUUUGCUCAGAACUGUUUGCUGCCAACAGUUUAACAUAAGGUUAAAGGGUAACUGAUGCUUUGGGUUUAGAUUGUCGUCCAAUAGUCAGCAAAAAGUGUAAUACAUGGUUUUGGUUUUCUGUAGCUGCCAACACAAAAAGCCCAGUCUACUUUUUAUUCAAUUAUUAAUCUAUUCCAAAUCUUAACAAAGUAAAACGUGAAACAGUAGUUUGAAAUUAAAGAAAAUAAACUCCAGGUCCACUUACUAGCUUUCAGACGUAUCUCCUCAGCGCAUGUAGAGAGAGUUCAGUUGUCAUGUGACAUGUGAAGUGUGGAACGUGACAAUUGAACAAACUCCAUCCACUGAGGAGAGCUGUGACAUGUGGUUGAUGAUUUUAUGGCAGUUUUAACAAAGUAGUUUUAUUUAUCUGUUGUGGGAAUAGCAAUGCUGUUAGCAUAGCCACCACUGCGGUUUGAUAAAUGUAAACCAAAGGGGCAGUAUUGCCGUCAAAUAUCAUAGUUCUUGGUUGAAGCUACAAUAUUCAGCAUCUCCUUGAGAAAGGAUUUGUAUUUGAUCUGAACCGAUAAAUCGGCCUGGCCAGUAUAUUGGCUAAUACUAGCUUAUUGCAGAUAUAUAUUUAUCUGUGCAUAUGAUGACAGAUGAAUAACAAUUCUUUUACAAUUCACAUUUUUUUUAAAUAUCAAAUUUAAGGCACUCUUAUCCAAAAUGUUUGUUUAUUGGAUUGUUUUAAACUCUCAAAUAUCAGUAGCUGAACCACUGAACCAGAAAAGGCUUAUUGCUGGCACACAUACACAAUAUGAUGUGCCCACAAAUUCUACUAGCCCCCAAAACAUCCCAACAUCAUAAAAAAACACAUUUCAGGCAAGUUGCAUGUUGUAGUUUUCAGCCAGUCUAAAUGUUAUGACCACUCUGAUGAAGUUAAAUUUGGAUGAUUUGACCUCAAUCUUGAGAAAUUGUUCAUUACUUACAGUCCUCAGUGUCUACAAAUUAGCUGCCAGACGGCCGCCAUGUUUUUCAGUUCACCUGCUCCUUAGACUAGUCCAAAGCCAAAGCAUCAGAAGUUGGUGAAUCACUUAAGAAACUCCAGGAUUUUUCUGUUGGAUACAGAUUCACCAGUUUGUUUUCUGGUCUGCAUGGAUGUGUUUUUCAUACACUCGUGAAAAAAACUGAAAGAAGACUAAAGAGAGACGGCAUGUGUGAACAAUCUUCACUGUUACCCAUUAACUCUGGAUAGGAGAUCCAAAUUAUCUUUUCUUCUUUUAUUGUUAUGGGGGGGGUUGUUGUUGUAUUGUAUUUAAACAUUGUAAUGUUCUGGACGACCAAAACAUUUUUGUGUUACUUCAGUAUUCAUUUUAUACUUUGCAAGUGGUUGAAUGAUAGGCCACUUGCACUUGAUUGUACAAUGAUGUACUUCAUUUUGUCAGGAAAAUGUAACUUUUCACCACGUGCUUCAUACUUAACACCAAAAUAUUGCUCUUAAAUUAUCAUUUAACUUAUGUUAGUUUGGGUGUAGAAAAAACAAUGUAUUAGGCAAACUUAAGGAAAUAUAAUUUUCUAUGAACACUGGAAAGCAAAAUAUCACAAAUGUCAAAACAUUUGUACUUUGUAGGCUAUUAGCUGUAGACACAUUAUUAUUAUUGCUCACAUGUUCUUUGAUUAGUAAAAACUGAGAUUUAAAUUUGGGUUAGACCAAUAUACCAGUGUACUGAUAUUUGGAGCAGACUAAUCUCAGCAUAGUCUACCUCUGGGCCUACAAUCAUUUCAAUACUCUGGCUUUGGUUUUAGUGUCCCAUAACGGUCUAAAUACUGAUUCUAGGUUUGCUGUCUGUUUCAGUACUGAAGUAUUGGUAUCAGCCUUCAAAAACAAAAUUGGUCCAAACCUGAAUUUAAAUCAACAUCACUGUCUUUCACUCAGAAAUGUUGAGCUUCACACAGCUGCUUCAUCAGAAGUUGGAAAUGCUUUCAGAACCAUUGAAUAAUGUCCUGGUUUUGUGUUUUUGUGCUUUACUCUGUAAGAAGUGUUUUCUCAAUGCCUUUAGUAUUCAUUGAAGAGCCAUAUAGUCAUUUCACCAUGUCUGGGUGCUCAGUCACUGAAUGUUCUGGCUGAUGGACUGGCGGACUGACUGAUUACAUCACUCACUUAAGGUGGUAACAGCGAGUCUGUUUCAUAUGGCUUGACUGAAUGCACUGGAUAAUGUUGCCUUUGGGCCUUUUUAAAAUUGUGAUUGAAUGGAAAUGUGAUGGAGGGGUGCUACUUGUAAAUAUGAUUUAAAAUAAACACCUUGGGAUUGUA